ACACCUCUCUCUGUCUCUUUAAUCCUUAUCUCAUCAUCGUAUCUGCAUUUCUUUGAGAUUUAACGAAAUUAGGUGAUCGGUGCAUGACGAGCGCAUCGGAACUCUUCUCCACUCGAAGAUCGCGUCCGGGUAGAUCCGACCCGGAUUUCGAAUCCGACUCAUCUCUUCAUCGACACCACUCACACCAUCACCAUCAUCACCAUCGCCGUCACGGAAUCCAUCAUCACAAUCACCGUCAUGAUUCCGACGGCUGUGAUUCUCUCCGGAGAGCCCCGCCACGUCUCCGACGCUUCUAUCACCAUCUUGGUCUCCCGGAACGUAGACCUGUUCAUGGCACUUCACAGUAUCUGAAUACGAACAGUGCUGAUUCAGAAACUGAUGACAGCAACAUAAAUGGAUCCGAGAGGCUUCCUGGAGCUGUUUUGCUUGCAAGGGCAAGACUUUUCGAAAGAUUGAGAGGUGUUUCUUUGUCUAAUGACAGUCCAAGCAACAGAGUUUCACAGGGAGACAAUCAGGUGGAGUCCUCAUUGCAUUCAGCAGAUGCGGUUUAUUACUAUGGAGAUCCAAAUUUUCAAGUGUCCUAUGAAUGCAACAAGAAACCACAAGGUCUCACUCAAGGUGCCAUCAACUGUUUACACAGGCAAACUUAUAGCUCAGCCGAGGUUAAUAACGAGAGGAGAGAUUGUAGCAUAUGUUUAGAGAGUUUCGCUAAAGGCGACAUACUUAUAUCCUUACCCUGUUCCCAUAGUUUUCAUUCUUCGUGCUUAAACCCUUGGCUUAAAGCUUGCGGCGAUUGCCCUUAUUGCCGUAGAGCCAUUAGUAAUUAGAAAAUCUUCGCCACACGACAUCUUUUGUUCUUCUUCUUGCUCUAGACAACUUUAAAACCGGUCUUUGUUUUUGCCCAUUGAGUGUUUUUCUCUGUCACGAGUUUGUAUUCGUAACAGUUUUUUGUGUGCCAUUGGGAGGUUCAAGUGUUUUGUAUUGUAGUCUUUCUGUGUGUGAAUCUUUUUAGUCUUGUUGGUUAUCAAAGACUUUUUCAAAUCUUGAUCCUACAACUCGGUUAUGUUUUGAGGUUAAAAGCUCAACAGCUUUACGUUU